CCUUUUUGUGUCAGCAUUUGAUCAUAACACAACUAUUUUGUACUCGAAAUGAUCGGAUUUCAAAAGAUUUCAAAAGUAAAAUUGGAAAUCCCAUUUAACAAUUAGAAAACCCUCUUCUCAUAUAAUUAUACCUUAGGAAAUAUUCUUAGCCAGAAACAAAAUCAAGAAAGAGUGGUCUGAAUAGGGGAAAUUAUCAGAUUCAUUGAACCUGGACGUGUUAUGAGUUAGAAAUUCCCAGAAGUACGAGGACCAUUGGAUGUGCGGGCAAAAAGGCAAAAGUGUAUUGCAGAGUGGGAUGUGGGGCAUAUGAUUUUCACAGAUGUCCACUUUCAAUGAUGUUUAGAGAAUGAGAACGAUUUCCUAGUCUCAUCUCGAAUGGGUCAUAGUACUGAGAAUUCAAUGGACACGAAAGAGAUUGAGGUUAGAAGUUUUUCAUCUUCAAAUCGUCACACUUUGCCUUGUGUUCACAAGGUAGGUGUUCCGCCAAAGCAAAACCCAUGGAAGGAAUUCUCUUCCAGGUUGAAGGAAACAUUCUUUGCAGAUGAUCCUUUACGCUCAUUUAAGGAUCAAUCCAGGUCUCGGAAGUUUGUCCUCGGGAUGCAAGCCGUAUUUCCGAUACUUGAUUGGGGUAGAAGUUAUAAUCUAGCUAAACUUAAAGGAGAUUUAAUUGCUGGGCUUACCAUUGCGAGCCUCUGCAUUCCUCAGGACAUUGGCUACUCAAAGCUUGCGAAUUUAGCUCCUCAGUAUGGUUUAUACUCGAGCUUUGUACCUCCCUUGGUCUAUGCCUUUAUGGGCAGUUCGAGAGAUAUAGCCAUAGGGCCGGUUGCUGUGGUGUCUCUACUGCUUGGGACUCUACUGCAGAACGAGAUUGAUCCCAUCAAAAAUGCUGUUGAAUAUCGUAGACUUGCAUUCACAGCUACUUUCUUUGCUGGCAUCACUCAAGCUAUCCUUGGCAUUCUUAGAUUGGGUUUCUUAAUCGACUUCCUAUCUCACGCUGCUGUUGUUGGAUUCAUGGGAGGUGCUGCCAUAACAAUUGCACUCCAACAACUUAAAGGAUUUUUAGGCAUCAAUAAGUUUACAAAGAAGACGGAUAUUAUAUCCGUUAUGAAGUCAGUGUGGGGCUCUGCCCACCAUGGAUGGAAUUGGCAGACAAUUGUAAUAGGAACAACAUUUUUAGCCUUUCUUCUAUUUGCCAAGUACAUUGGGAAGAAGAAUAAGAAACUCUUUUGGAUACCAGCUAUUGCUCCACUGGUCUCCGUUAUUCUGUCUACAUUCUUCGUGUAUAUUACGCAUGCAGAGAAGAGAGGAGUACAAAUUGUUAAACAUAUCGAGAAAGGAAUUAAUCCCUCAUCCGUGAAUCAGAUUUAUUUUACUGGUGAUUAUCUUUUGAAGGGUUUUAGGAUUGGCAUUGUGGCUGGCAUGAUUGCAUUGACAGAAGCUGUUGCAAUUGGAAGAACUUUUGCUUCCAUGAAAGACUAUCAACUAGAUGGAAACAAAGAAAUGGUUGCUCUUGGAGCAAUGAAUGUAGUCGGCUCUAUGACAUCCUGUUACGUGGCGACAGGUUCCUUCUCCCGUUCCGCAGUGAAUUACAUGGCUGGAUGCCAAACAGCAGUUUCCAAUAUCAUCAUGUCCUUUGUUGUAUUCUUAACGUUAAUGUUUAUCACGCCUCUUUUUGAGUACACCCCGAAUGCAAUCCUCUCGUCCAUUAUUAUCUCUGCAGUCAUCGGCUUAAUUGAUUGUGAUGCAGCAAUUUUGAUUUGGAAAACUGAUAAAUUCGACUUUGUUGCUUGUAUGGGAGCCUUUUUCGGGGUUGUUUUUGCCUCUGUCGAGAUUGGCCUCUUAAUUGCGGUCUCAAUAUCUUUCGCCAAAUUACUCUUACAAGUUACAAGGCCAAGGACAGCAAUCCUUGGAAAAAUUCCCAGGACAAAUGUUUAUAGGAAUAUCCUACAAUAUCCUGAGGCAACGAAGGUCCCGGGUGUGUUAAUCGUGAGGGUUGAUUCGGCAAUUUACUUUUCUAACUCUAACUAUAUAAGGGAGAGGAUAAUAAGGUGGCUAACCGACGAGGAAGAGCAACUGAAAAGGGCUGGCCUUCCUGAGAUUCAAUUUUUGAUAGUCGAAAUGUCACCCGUUACUGACAUCGACACCAGCGGCAUCCAUGCAUUGGAAGAACUGUACAGAAGUCUUCAAAAGAGAUCUGUUGAGCUUGUUCUGGCGAACCCUGGUCCGGUCGUGAUGGACAAGCUUCACGCUUCUGGCUUCACGAGUUUGAUAGGAGAAGAAAAGAUAUUUCUCACUGUGGCAGAAGCAGUUCUAACUUGCUCACCAAAAUUUGCUGAAGAUGUUUAAUAUUUGAUUAGAAAAUGAGGAUUGGAUUAUAUAAUGUCAGUGUCAAUAGCCAAAAGGGUGCAUUUGGGGCCCUGUUUACCAGUGGCUGGUGGGAUCCUUCCAACCAGAACCUAACCCAGAAAGAGAUAAAGGAGAAGAAGCAAGUUUGUGAUAAGAUUCUUGCUUUGGAUUUCUACUUUUUUGGACCUAAUUCGAGCACUUGUGUAGAAAAUAAAACAAGAAAAGGAUUAAUUAAUGAAAAUUACUUACUACUACAAAGUUUAUUCCA